AUGGAGACUGAUUUUAUAGGCAGUACACUCACAAAUAUUAUCAUUGUUGUGGAAAGAAUCUUCAAGAACCUAAAUGCUAGACAGCUGAAUACAUGUUCAAGGGUUUGUAAAGUAUGGCGAGAUCAGGCCAAACGAGAAAAGGAACGGCGCCAGUAUUUGAGAUGGAAUUGUUUUUUACAUGACAAUACCUCAGCAGUUAAUGGCAUUGACAGAUCCUGGUGGGACAACGUUACUUCUUACAUUUUG